CACCACCUGAAAGAGACUUUCCAGAUGAAAUCCCGUCAAAAGCAAACCAACCUGAUCUCCAAGACGUCUCUGCUCUGCAUCUGCCUCAGUCUGCUGGCCUUCAUCAUCACCUUCCUGUCUGGAGUCCAGAACUCCGGACCUGAGGACGGUACCGAGGAGCMGCCCAGCGAUCAGAACCAGAUCYUGGACUCUGAGCUGCAUGUGGAGCCGGACCGCGGCUCCUGCACGGYCGUGGCGGCGCUUCUGCACUUCUUCCUGCUGGCCACCUUCUCAUGGAACAGCAUGUACGGCACCCAGGUGGUUCUGCUGGUCCGAUCCAUGCAGCGCAGCCUGCCCUCGUACUGGACCCGGCUCAGCUGGGGAGUCGGAUGGGGUACGACRYUUCAAACACCAAAGCUGCCAAACACCUCAACUUUCUACUAUUUGUUAUAUUUAUUCAAAACAUGCAGGAACUGUCUGCAGACAUAAACAAAACAAACAUUGAUAGACUU